AUGAAAAUGGCUCCGCAGAAUGCCGACGCAGAAUCUAUGCAAGUUCAGGAGCUCCCGGUGCCCCUGCCAGACCUACAGAAGCCGGGGAGGGCGGAGGCGGAGACGCGGGACGAGACCGUCAGUGAGGGCUCCAUCGACCGCAUCCCCGUGCGCCUGUGGGUAAUGCACGGGGCCGUGAUGUUCGGCAGGGAGUUCUGUUAUGCCAUGGAGACGGCGCUGGUCACGCCAGUCCUGUUACAGAUCGGCCUCCCGGAGCAGUACUACAGCCUCACCUGGUUCCUGAGCCCCAUCCUUGGCCUCAUCUUCACGCCUCUCAUUGGCUCCGCGAGCGACCGCUGCACCCUGAGCUGGGGCCGCCGGCGGCCUUUCAUCCUGGCGCUCUGCGUGGGCGUGCUCUUUGGAGUGGCGCUGUUCCUCAACGGCUCUGCCAUCGGCCUGGCCCUCGGCGAUGUCCCCUCCCGGCAGCCCAUCGGUAUCGUCCUCACUGUGCUGGGGGUGGUGGUCCUGGAUUUCAGCGCUGACGCCACGGAGGGGCCCAUCCGUGCGUACCUGCUGGACGUGGUGGACAGCGAGGAGCAGGACAUGGCCCUCAACAUCCACGCCUUCUCUGCUGGCCUCGGCGGGGCCAUCGGCUACGUGCUGGGUGGGCUGGACUGGACCCAGACCUUCCUGGGCUCCUGGUUCCGGACGCAGAACCAGGUGCUGUUCUUCUUCGCGGCCAUCAUCUUCACGGUGUCUGUGGCCCUGCACCUGUCCAGCAUCGAGGAGGAGCAGUACAGCCCUCAGCAGGAGCGUGGCGGGGACCCGGCUGGCACGCCAGCCCCCGGCCCCCGCACCUGCGUGCUGGACGGCGGUGCCCUGUUCCCGGACGAGGUGCAGUCAGAGCAUGAGCUGGCUCUGGACUUCCUGGACGAGGGCCUGGUGCGGAGCAAGAGCGAUUCGGUAUUGCACGUGCCUGAGGCUGCACUGGGCCUGGAGCCCGAGCUCUUCCUACAGGACGUCGAGCCCUCUAUCUUCCACGACGCCUCCUGCCCCGGCACCCCCCGCAGCACCAGCCAGGAGCACGCCCCCACCCGGCCGCCCCGCCGGCCCCUGCCACUCCGCGCACCCACCAGCGAGGAUGAGACCCUGCUGGAGGAGCCCCUGAGCGCAGCCAGGCUCCCGAACGGGGGCAGCGCGGGGCUGCAGGACGGCCCAGGCACCUGCAUCUACAGCCGGGCCGCCCUGAAGGCCCCCGCCACGGCAGGCCCCGCCCGCCGGCGCCGGCACGUGUUCCGCCGGCAGGCCUCCAGCACCUUCUCCUACUACGGCAAGAUCGGCUCCCACCACUACCGCCACCGGCGCGCCAACGCCGUGGUGCUCAUCAAGCCCUCGCGCAGCAUGAGUGACCUCUACGACCUGCAGGCGCGGCCACGGCAGCACCGCCGCCGCCACCAGAGCGGGGCCACCACGUCCAGCGGGGACUCGGAGAGCGAGGAGGGCGAGGGCGAGACCACCGUGCGGCUGCUCUGGCUGUCCAUGCUGAAGAUGCCCCCCGAGCUGGUGCGCCUCUGCCUCUGCCACCUGCUCACCUGGUUCUCCGUCAUCGCCGAGGCCGUGUUCUACACCGACUUCAUGGGCCAGGUCAUCUUCGAGGGGGACCCCAAGGCUCCAUCCAACUCAACGGCGUGGCAGGCCUACAGCGCGGGUGUGAAGAUGGGCUGCUGGGGCCUAGUCAUCUACGCAGCCACUGGUGCCACCUGCUCAGCCCUGCUACAGAAGUACCUGGACAACUACGACCUGAGCAUCAGGGUCAUCUACGUGCUGGGCACGCUGGGCUUCUCCAUCGGCACGGCCGUGAUGGCCAUGUUCGCCAACGUCUACGUGGCCAUGAUCAUGAUCAGCACCAUGGGCGUCGUCUCCAUGAGCAUCUCCUACUGCCCCUACGCCCUGCUCGGGCAGUACCACGACAUCAGAGAGUAUGUGCAUCACAGCCCCGGCACCUCCAGGCGUGGCUUCGGCAUCGACUGCGCCAUCCUGUCCUGCCAGGUCUACAUCUCCCAGAUCCUGGUGGCCUCCGCCCUGGGCAGCGUGGUCGACGCGGUGGGGACCGUGCGUGUCAUCCCCAUGGUGGCCUCCGUGGGCUCUUUCCUGGGCUUCCUGACGGCCGCCUUCCUGGUCAUCUACCCAGAGGUGUCCGAAGAGGCCAAGGAAGAGCAGAAGGGCCUGUCUUCCCAGCCGCUGGGCGAAGGCGCGAGCGGCAGCGCCGAGAAGCCCACCGUGCUGAAGCUGUCCCGGAAGGAGGGCCCGCAGGGGCUCAUCGAGACCGAGUCGAUGGUCUGAGCCGCGCCGCGCACACAUUCCAGGGCGGCAGGGAGGUGGGGGUGGCACCCGGCAGGCCGGCUGCCGUGGCCUUGGCGGCCGCGCGCACCAGAGCCCUUCACUGACCCUGGUGGAGGCUCAGUAGCUGUAGGGUAGGUUUGCGCCAGUAGGUGAAAACACCUCAUUAAUUACUUUUUCCAUAAUUAAAAUGAAUCAUUUUU